AUGAGUAUGAAACGACCUAAUGAAAGUGGAAGUCUUGUACCUAUUGGUCCACAAGCACCAUAUAAACAAGCUCGAACAAAUGAAAAUAACAAUCAACAAUUAGUUUCAACUCAACCACGUACAUCAAAAUUAGCAGCACCGAUUAUGUUAUUACAAGGACAUGAAGGCGAAAUAUUUUCUUGUAAAUUUCAUGCCGACGGUGAAAUUAUGGCGUCGGCUGGGUUUGAUAGAAAGAUUUUUCUAUGGAAUGUUUAUGAUCAAUGUUACAAUUGGUAUGUUUUAACUGGGCAUGGUGGUGCUAUUAUGGAAUUACAAUGGAGUCCAGAUGGCAGUGAGCUUGCUUCAUGUUCUACAGAUAAAUUAGCCUAUAUAUGGGACAUAACCACUUGUCAGCGUGUCAAGAAAUUGAAAGGUCAUCAAUCAUUGGUUAAUUCCAUAGGUUAUUCGCGUAUAGGUAAAGAUAUGCUUUGUACUGGUUCGGAUGACGGCACAGUAAAAGUAUGGGAUAGACGUAAACGUGGCGAAGUUAUGACAUUUGAAUCAACAUAUCAAGUUUUAACAUGUUGUUUUAAUGCCUCAUCAGAUGCAGUUUUUUCCGGUGGAAUAGAUAAUACAAUAAAAAUGUGGGAUUUACGUAAACAAGAAGUAUCGUUACGCCUGGAUGGGCAUCUUGAUAGUCCAACAGGUCUUGAAUUAAGUUACGAUGGAUCUUAUUUGGCAUCGAAUUCCAUGGAUUCAACAAUACGUAUUUGGGAUAUACGUCCAUAUUUUAAUGGUGUUGAUCGAUGUAUUAAAUUAUUUCAAGGGCAUCAACAUAAUUUUGAAAAAAAUCUCUUACGGGUUUCUUGGUCACCCGACGGAAAACGCAUAUCAUGCGGUAGCGCUGAUAAACAUGUUUAUAUUUGGGAUAUAGCAACAAGAAAAAUACUUUAUCGUUUGCCAGGUCAUCUUGGCAGUGUUAAUGAAGUCGAUUUCCAUCCAGUUGAACCCAUUAUUGCUUCGUGUUCAUCAGAUAAAACAGUUUUUCUUGGGGAAAUUGAACCCUAA